AUGUCUGACAUGAAAGUGAUUUUCAACUCUGAGAAAGUAAAAUUAUUUGUAUCAAAAUUUGGUCAACUUUCAGACGAAAAAUCGGGACAAUGCUUUGAAGUGCAGAAAUUUACGUGGGAAACAACGAACCGGUUCACCUUCGAGGUAAUCACUUUGGAUGCGGCCAUAGUAAGCAUACGUACCCCGGACAAGGAUUUCAUUCCGGACGAAGUGAUUCUGUGCAGUGGAACGCUAAAAGCAUAUCUUCAUUAUGCUAGUCAAAAUCUAUCCUGUUCGGUUCAGUGUGCAGCGUUGAAACGACACACCGACGUGUCUCAACGGAUUUGGUUGCCCUACGUUUCGGGAUCUGAUUUGAUUCUCACAAACGUGAUCCUAGCCGAUUACAGGAAUUUAAUGAUACGGGUUAGAUUUAGUGUGUCAUUCAAUAACUUCGUUCAAAUCAGUUAUCAGGUGGUCAGUGAUAGAGCUGGACCAUUUGAGACUACUCACCGGUUCGUUCUGAAUCUCGGUGGUAGAAUUUCGGGACAUUUUGGCACAUAUGAUCAUGUUGUUCAGAUGAACGCAGAAGAAUUCUACAAAGUUAAAGGGAAAAAGGUAUGGGACACUGUAUCACACAGUAUGGCGAACGAUUUGGCUGAUCUGCGGGUAGCUCAACAUGUCGGAAUGGCGAUUUACAGAUCGGAACAAAAUGGUUUCAAUGGAAUUUACCGACUUGCCGCACAGAAUGGGAUGGAUUUCAACGUGAGAUUAAUUCAGGCGCGCAAAAGACGCGUUAUGGAGAUUCACUCAGAUUUCUCUUGGGUACAUUUUUCGACAUUGGACGAUUUACCGGAAAUUACGGAAAAUAUAGUUCCGUUCUAUGCAUGCAUUGGAAUACGAAAUAUAGAACAGAUUUUUGACAUGGAUGAGCUUGUUAAUUCCGUAGUAAAAUUCGUUGAAGGUGAAGACUCGGGAAGUGAGUUGGUUGCAUCAGGUGCAUCUUGUGAUACUGUUGAUGAAUCAGAUGUGCGGUACAUGAUAGACGAUUUGCUUUUAAAAGAUUUGGAGGAGAAGAUUGAAGCGCUUAAAGAUGCUGGUCUACUAGGCAUGAAAGAAACACGAGACAUUAUUAUCGAUUUGAUCAUCAUGAGCUUGGACCAAAUCAGUGAAUUUACCGCGGACUCCGAUGUCAUAGAUGAAGAUGAAGUUCGCAUAAUUAUCGAAGAAAUGAUACUAAAGGCAGUAGCUUCUUCUACUGUGAGCAUUCUGAGUAAAACAAAGUCAUCGGAUUCUGAGCUGGACGAUGUAACGAUAAGUGAUGAAGAAGUACUAAAUGCAUAUCAGAAGCAUGGUGGCAUACUAGUGCAGCUCAGCAAAACACCGUUUUUCAAAACAUGCAAAAAUAAAAGUUUGUUUUCCCUGACUGGACGUAUCCGGAAACCGGCAAAACUAGUUAACCACAACAGAGUUCUACUAAAGUUUGGUCUUUGUAAAAAUCCUUUCAAUAAGAAAAAAAAAUCUAUUUCAUCAGCGUGA